CACAAGAGUGUCAGUGGUCAGGAACGACAAUCAAACACAGACUUGUUUCAACACGAGCUAAAUACCCAAGACAAAUAUAUUUUAAUACCAUCAUUUGGUUUAAUAGUCCAUUCGUAUAAAAGAUUUUUAAAGGAUGAGUGCUUUGUGUGUUUCAUAUGCCAUGGAGGUGGAAGACUUGAUGUUUGAUGAAGAAGACUUAGCAACAUCCAGCUCGAGUAUAAGUGAUACCAAGUUUGAUCUAGUCAUUGGUCAUAUUGAAGACAUCAUCAUGGAAGAUGAAUUCCAGACAAUGCAGCAUGAUUUCUUAGAAAAAUAUUACAAUGAGUUUGAUGAUUCAGAAGAAAACAAGUUCAUAUACACAGACAUUCAUAGAGAAUAUGUUAGUUUAGUAGAACACUAUCUAGAAGAAGAAUUAAAUAAAAGACUGCCAGGAUUUUGCAUGAGUGAAUUUUCCAAACAAGUUAUGGAAAGAAAAGAUGAAUUAGAUGGUGAAAUAUUUGAAAUGUUGCUCACUUUCAGUGAUUUCAUGUCUUUCAAAGAAAUGUUCCUAGACUUUAGAGCUGAAAAAGAAGGAAGGACUGUAGAUUUUAGUGCUGGUAUUACUGUUACUAACUUGGGUGCUGAUCUGUGUCUAGACGGAUCUGGAUUCUCUUUGACUGGACAUUCUUUCAAUGGAAAUAACUCAUCACAUCAUUGAUGUACCCCACCCACCUCAGGAUAUACUCUAGUUUCAAGACAAGAUACGUGAAAAAUGGAUUAACAGUUUGCAGCUCCACUUUAUACUUACACAUUGUUAUUGGUUUAUAGAAUUACACAUUACUUGUAAAUUGUAUAAUUUAAUUUUACCAGAGCUGUGCCAGUUUAGUGUUAAAAAUUCCUUCUCCUAGGACAUAUAUGUAUUUAUUUUCAAAUGAUGUCAUUCUUUCUCGGAAAAUGUCUUUUUUGAAGUCUGUAUUUCUUCCGCAGAAAGGUCUUCCUUCAGUAUGUUAUUCCAUCUAUACACCAUUAAAAUAACUGUUUAUAAACGUUAGAUUUUAAAAAUGUGUUCUAAGGAAGGGUCAAAAUUUCUAAUUAUUUUUUUUUUUAUCUUUGAAAAAUUUUAAGUCCAUAAAUCCAAGUCCCUGCCACACAGUGGUUGUGGCCAAAAUGAUGAAAUUUUAUGAUGAAGCCAGCUUGGUUUUCAAUAAGCCUUCUUUUUGACCUAGCUCCUUCAUAUAUAAUUGAACAGUUAGACUUGUCAGUAUGGUAGUAUGGUUUAAAUUAUAUUCUUCUGAUAUUUAAUGAAAGAAAGGCCAAGCCUCCAGAUUUAUGUCUUUGAAACCUUUUAAAAAUCAUAUCUAUGUACUUUUAGAUAUAAAGUAUGGUUGAAGUAAUUCAGUGAGAUCCAGGCAGCUUUUUUUUUUUAUUCAUUCUGCAGACUGAAAAAUAUAUGGAAUAGUUCUUUCAGGUAUUAGUCAUGCAAAAAACAUGUAAAAUAAUAGUAAUUUUCUGCUUGAUCCACUGAUCUGAGAAAGUUAUUUUUUUAUUUUGUGAAUUGUGGCUUUAUUCUACAAUAUCUUGAUGUAAACUACACUAUGUUUUUUAAGGUCUCUUUAGGAUCUUUCUUAAUUACUAAAAUAUCUUUUAUGUAUUUUUCCAUUAAAGUGAGGCAAAAUCAGUUUCAAAAAUUUAAACAGUAAUAUCAAAUAUUGCUUUAUACAAAGAUAUCCUGAAACUUGUAUAAAAAAAACAUUUACAGAUAAAUUCAAAAUUAAAUUUUAAGAAAACUGAUAUCAAAAUGACUGAAAUUCAUCGAUAGAUGUGCUUUACAUAAUACAGUAAUUCAAAUAAUUGUUAUUUUGAACAUUUGUUUUGAAAAAAAAAUGAAAUUUUGAUGUCCAUCUAGGGGCAUGUUUAUUUUGUGGUAGAAAGAGUUGAUUAUUUUUGUUACCUGAAAUUUAGAUUAUUAUUUUUUUAAGAAUGGAAAGAUAAUAUGGUUAUUACUAUAGUAGCUCGAUCAGGGAUGUUGUAUUCCAUUCAAGAGGAUUUUUGACAGAUUGGAUCUCAUGAGGCGCAAGUGUGAUCUAACCUUGCAAAAUCCACGAGGGCAGAAUACAAAAUCCCAGAUCUAGCUACUGUUAUAAUGACCCUUUUAUUAUAUACCUCCAACUUUUUGUUUGUUGUUUUAUUAUUGAACAAAAUCUUCAAUAUUUAUCAAUGUUAAAAUGGAACUUAGUGAAGUUUUUAUGUGCGCUAUUUAUAGAACUGUGUCAGGUCAUGAAUAUUAAUGAAAGUAGUCUGGCAACAUACAAUACAAAAGGUACAAUAUGGAGUUUUUUCUGCCUGUUCAUAUUUACUUGUAAAAUACAACCCUAUUUUUUUUACAGUUUUUAUUAAUAAAUAAUCGUAUUGUUUCUUAUAUCAGUAUUACCAGUAAUACUGAGUAUGCAGUAUAUAAAACAAAAAGUAGGUACUGAUAAUGUAGAAUCAUCCUUCACUUUUGGAUAAAAAUGACAUUAAAGUAAGUUAUUGUUCAAGAUGAGAUAUUUGUUAAGUGAUAUUACGUGUUCAAGAAUAUGUUGUUGUUGUUUUCCGUCCUUUUAUGUUACAUGAAAGUGUUUUUAGUUAACCUUUAGCCUGCUGGCGGCAAGUGAUUCUGCCUCUGCAACCAGUGCAGACAAAGAUCAGCCUGCACAUUUGUGCAGGCUGAUCAUGGUCUGCACUGUUCACUAUUUAGUUUGUAAAUUUCAGUGAACACCCCUUCAAAUAAUAAAUGAUAUUGCCCAACUUGAAUGAUAAACCAGUCCAUUUGAGAAAUUUGGCAGGGUAAAGGUUAAAUUGCCAGUAGUCUAGUGAUAUAUAAGCUCAGCUACUACCAUUAUUUGUGAGAAAAUGCUCCUUUACUUUACUUUAUCCUGUAAUUGCCUGACUUCUUAAGUGUUUGAGUUGAACUAGUGUAUACAUAAUGUAUGAUGAUAGGUUUAGAAGUUACUUUAAGCAUGCUUAUGUAGAGAUAACACAUAAUAACUUGUGACAUCUGUAGUAUCCUGAAGAAUUGGUGGUGGACCAGGGCACCAAAGUAUCCUGAGGGAUUGGUGGUGGACCAGGG